AUGAAGAACUCAACAGUAGACUUCAGUGCACCUGAAACAUCUACAAACUCCACGGAUAUGUUAAUCGUACGCAUAGCAGGUCUGGAAAUUUGUGUGUACAGCAUCUAUUUCCUGUUUGGUGUUCCUACACACUCUUAUGUUAUAUGGCUCAUCGUCACAGGAUCAAGUGGAGUUGCUUCAGAGUUCUUCAAUCUCAAUCUGUCUGUUUGUGAGAUUGGUAACUGUCUGAACUGCUUGAUUUCUUCACUAUCAUUUUAUUAUUUAAGCAUAUUACCAUUAAAAGAGUUUUUAGUAGGACUACUUGCCACGGGUCGUCCACUGUUUCAGUGUCUGAUGUGUGUUGAGCGUUACCUGGCAGUGGUUCAUCCUGUAACCUUUCUGAAGUACAAACCUCUCAGAUAUAGAGUGAUCUGCUGUCCGGUCGCCUGGAUAAUCAUUCUUUUCUCUUGUUUGUUUUGCUUGUUUACUGGAGGCUCAUAUCUCCUUGUGGAAACAUGGUUCACUUUAAUACAAUUCCUAAUCUUCCUCUCCAUCCAGUUGUUUUGUCUUGUGGCUGUUCUCAGAGCUCUGAAGCAGUCAGGACCAGGAGAGAGAAAGAAAGAGGAAAACCACAUGAAGAGAAGAGCGGUUAAUCUCAUUCUGAUAACUACUGUCUUUCUGGUCAUCACAUAUGCCCCGUUUAGUAUUUCUGGAAUUUAUACUCUUCUGGCAAAACAGUAUAUUUUUGCAUGUUGGAUCCCUAGUUUGAUUUGUUAUGUGAUGACUGGAUUUGUGCAGCCUAUUCUUUAUCUGCACCGUGCUGGAAAAUUCUCUAAAUAA